GUUUGCUCAAUAGUCACUGCUCAGGGGUCCUUUGGUGGUGCUUGCCGGUUGGUAAAAAAAUUGGAUCAAAUAAAGAAGAAAAGUCAUCAAGCGUGUGGCUACGCAAGGAGGUCUCUACAGACUGGCAAGCUUACAGUGGUAUUGCCUGAGCAAGACAAAAGGGCCAUAAAAUCAUCACAAUAUGAUUGCCGAAGAGAUCUUUAUAAUAAUGGUGGCGUUGUUGAAUGA